UGCACGUUUUGCAGAACUGCAGACCUGACCCACCCAAUGACCAAACAGCAAAUUCGCAGUGACAGCCAGGCCAGUUUGGUGACCUAGUUUCCCUAGGAAAGGGGACGUUUGAUCCUGCAGGCUCUCUCCAGACCCGGGGCAGCAUCACAUGCGAGGCGAGUUACCAAAAAGGGAAAGCUUCUCCUUCAGCCGAGAAUUGGAAUUGAGAGCCACGGUAGUGCACAUAUUUUGCAGCACCAGUAGCAGAGUGGCUGCAGUCCAGUUGAAGGAAGGACAGACAGAGGAGGAGUUUGGAAAGUAAACAUCACUCAGCUUGACUCAUGCUCACAAAGAUUUUUUUCUCUAUGUCAAUCUUCACAUUCGGGUGAAGACAGAAGUAGAGUUUUGGAUGCAGGUUGUAUGUUGGCUGCUGUGCCUUGGCACGGCGGGGGCACUUGUGCUGCAUAAGGACCAGGUGGCCCAGCACGCCAUCAAGCUUUAUCGGAGCAAGGGGGCCACACACGGCCACAGCUGGGUGACCAGCAACUGCAAGCGGCUGGUGGGGCUUCUGCGUCAGAAGAAUGUGGUUGUCAGGAAGCUGGCAGCUGCUGCUGAUGCUGUCAGACGAGACAAGGCCCUUUCAGAACCAGAGAGGCUCUUUCAGGUUCACACUCUGGAGGUUUUCCAGAAGGAGCUGAAUGAGAGCGAGCACUUGGUGUUCCAGGCAGUGCACAGCCUGCAGAGGGCGUUGCAGGGAGACUACAGGGACGUGGUCAACAUGAAGGAGAGCAGCAGGCAAAGGCUGGAGGCCCUCAGGGAGGCAGCUAUAAAGGAGGAACAGGAGUAUGUGGAGCUGGUGGCGGCUGAGAAGCACCAGCAGGAAGCUAUUAAGAGCGCUUUAGCCCAGAAUAAGACUCUGUCCAUGCUAGACGAGAUCCUGGAGGACGUCAGGAAGGCAGCAGACCGGCUGGAAGAGGAGAUUGAGGAGCACGCCUUUGACAACAACAAACAGAUGAAAGGCGUAAAUGUAGAGGCAGUGUUGAGAGUGGAGGAUGACGAAGAGAACGGAGGCAAGAGGAAGAAUAAGUCCAAGCAAAAGGAAGUGGAGGAUGACCUGGGACUGAGCAUGCUCAUCGACUCGCAAAACAACCAGUAUGUCCUGACCAAACCACGAGACUCAACGAUGCCAAGAGCCGACCAUCACUUCAUCAAGGACUUGGUGUCGGUGGUGAUGCUGUCGCUGCCCUGUGGUUGGAUAUGCAGUCUGGUCGGUCUUCCUCCCAUGUUUGGGUAUAUUAUCUGUGGGGUCCUGCUUGGUCCCUCUGGCCUCAACACCAUCAAGUCUAUGGUCCAGGUGGAGACUCUGGGGGAGUUGGGUGUGUUCUUCACUCUCUUUGUGGUGGGAUUGGAGUUCUCACCUGAGCGACUUCGAAAGGUGUGGAAGACAUCCGUCCAAGGCUCGUGCUACCUCAGUCUGUUGAUGGUGGGGGCCGGUUUAGUGUGGGGACAAGUCCUGCAUAUUCGACCCACCCAGACUGUCUUCGUUUCCACUUGCCUCUCUCUGUCCAGCACUCCACUUGUGUCCCGCUUCCUGGCAGGUGGGAGCAGAGGGGACAAAGAAGGUGAUCUGGACUACAGCAGCGUUCUCCUCGGGAUGUUGGUGAUGCAGGAUGUUCAGCUGGGUCUCUUCGUCGCCGUCAUGCCGACUCUGAUCCAGGCACAGAGUGGAGACUUGGACAGCUUCCUGUUUGGAAGUCUUCGCGUGUUCUACCUUCUGGCCCAGGUUCUGGUCUCUCUGGCUGCUGUGCUGCUUCUGUGUUUGAUACUUAAAGCAUUCCUGAUUGGCCCAUAUUACAAAAAACUGCACGCUGAGAGCAAAGGCAACAAGGAGAUCCUGGUGCUGGGGAUGGCAGCUUUUGUCUUUUUCAUGCUGACGGUGACGGAGCUUUUUGAUGUUUCUAUGGAGCUGGGCUGUUUCCUGGCUGGAGCUCUGCUGUCCACACAGGGUCAUAUUGUGACCACGGAGGUCAUGGGAUGCAUUGAGCCAAUCAGAGAUUUCCUUGCCAUCAUCUUCUUUGCCUCUAUUGGUCUCCACGUGUUCCCAACAUUUGUGCUGUAUGAACUCACCAUUCUGCUGGUGCUAACGCUCACACUCGUCAUUAUGAAGUUCAUGAUGGCCGUACUGGUGCUGUCGGCCAUCUUGCCUCCAGGCUCUCGACACAUUCGGUGGAUUGUUUCAGCCGGUCUGGCUCAGGUCAGCGAAUUCUCCUUCGUCCUGAGCAGCCGUGCACGUCGUGCUGGAAUCAUCUCCAGAGAGGUGUACCUGCUGGUUCUCAGCGUCACCACCCUCAGUUUGCUGCUGGCACCGGUGUUGUGGAGAGUUACCACACACAAAGGGGUUUCCCGGGCAGAACGCAAAACCGUUACAUGACCAGACCGGCUUCAAGGCCCCGGAGGUUCCCGUGGAACUCUCACAAAAAGAGGUUUUAUUUGGCCCUUCAGAAAGCUUGGACCAAAUCUUCUUCAUUUAACAGACUCUGUCCACCACUGUUUCUGUUUGUGAAGGGCACACAACCUGCACCGUCCAAGUACUGGUACUCUAUAGUGUUUAAGGUCUCAUUUGAUAACACAUAACAAUAAUUCAGAUAAUGUCUAUUAAAUUGCAACAUCGCUGAACCCCUCCGUUCUUCUGUGACUUUUAAAAAGUCACUGAUGACAAUAAAAAAGCACACCUGCUCGACAUUCCAGCGGAGAAGCAAAAGCACUUCAAAAAACAGUCUUUUCAGUUCUGAUGUCUUUAAUGCACUUAUGAAGAGAAACAGAUACUUCCCCUUCUGAAUUAAUGAAAUUCAGUGGAAUUCCUUUUUUCCCCCUGAUUUUCAGCUGUUUCUGUACUCUCAACCCAAAGUUUUUCUGAUUACUUGUAAUAAUCACAAGGUGAAGGUUUACCUUCACAUCUUGUCUCUUGUUUCAUGUAGAAGUAAAA